AUGGCGUCGGACGCCAUUGCUGGAGGCGGCGGUGGGGGGACAAGCAAGGCACGCAGCAAGAAAUCGGGCAAGGCCAAAAAAUCAGCCGCCGCCCAGAGCCGGCCUCGGCGGCCGCAGCCGCCCCCCCCCAAGUUUCACCGCUCAGAUUCUGCCGUCUCCGACGGCGACAUCUCCGACGGCGACAACAACCGCCGCGGCCACAAUCCCGCCGCCGCCUCCAGCAAUCUCAAGAAGCGGAGCCCUGGAGGUCGUCCACCCCGCAAUCUCAAGAAGCGGAGCCACCCAAUUCGCUCCUUGAAGCAGGAGAACGGUGGGCCAAGCACGGUCACGAUAAGCAUCGCCUCCAAGUCCCGCCACGAGGUUCGAGAACUCCGCCUCGAGCUCAUAAAAGAGCUCGAGCAAGUCCGCGCCUGCGUCAGAAAGCUCCAGGCCUGCGAGCUCCAGCUCGCCGCAUCCGCUGCUGCAUACCCUUCGGCGAAGAAGCCCAGUAGGCGGCCACUGGCAAGAGGGGCGGUGGAGAAUAAGAAGAGGGCGCCCAAGGCGAGCCCUUUCCACAGGAACUCCGAGCUCCUCCUCGGUAAGGAGAAGCUUCCUCCUGCCUUGCCUAGCAAGAAAUCGAAGGCCAAGGUAGAUCAAACCCUAGAACCAGAUAGCCAGUAUGCAGAUGCCUUCAGGAACUGCUCUGUGCUGAUGUCGAAGCUGAUGAAGCACAGGCACGGAUGGGUCUUCAGCUCCCCCGUGGAUGCCGAGGGGCUCGGACUCCAUGAUUACUUCACCAUCAUCAAAAGCCCAAUGGACCUCGGCACCGUGAAGACUCGACUUGACCGAAACUGGUACAAGUCCCCUGCGAGAUUCGCAGAGGACGUUAGACUCGCCUUCGCGAACGCCAUGACCUACAACCCAAAGGGUCACGAGGUUCACAGCAUGGCCGAGCAGCUGUCCAGGAUUUUCGAGGAGGGUUGGCCCCCCAUUGAAGCAGGAUGCGCAGCCGCAUCUUCUUCGACGCCUCCGCCGCGUCCUCCGCCCCCUUCGGUCACGAGAAAGACCGCCCUUGAGAAGUCUGAGUCCUUCGUGGGUCGACCCUCGAAGAAACAGAAAGCCAAGGACGCUCACAAGAGGGACAUGACCUACGAGGAGAAGCAGAGGCUCCGGGACGACCUCCAGAGCCUGCCAUUGGAGAUGCUGGAGAGCAUCGUGCAGAUUAUCAGGAAGAGGAACUCGGCCCUGAAUCAGCAGGAUGAUGAUGAGAUCGAAGUGGACAUCGACAGCAUGGAUGCCGAGACCCUCUGGGAGCUCCACAGAUUCAUAUCCAACUACCAGUCGAGUGUAAGCAGGAAGAAGAGGAAGGUGGAGUCUGAGACUUUCCCGGGGGAGGAAGCCCAGCAGGACCUCCAUGGAAGGGUAUGUCUGUGA